AGAAUGGAGUCACACCACUUCAUUGGGCAGUUGAGCAUGCCAAACAUAAAACUGUUGAGUAUCUCAUAGAGAAAGGUGCCAAUGUUAAUGCAGAAGAUGAGAAUGGAGUCCACACCACUUCAUUGGGCAGUUGAGCAUACCAAACAUAAAACUGUUGAGUAUCUCAUAGAGAAAGGUGCCAAUGUUAAUGCAGAAGGUAAGAAUGGAGUUACAACACUUCAUGUAGCAACUGAGCAUGCCAAACAUAAAACUGUUGAGUAUCUCAUUGAGAAAGGUGACAGUGUUAAUGUGAAAGAUGAGAAUGGAGUCACACCACUUCAUUGGGCAGUUGAGCAUGCCAAACAUGGAACUGUUGAGUAUCUCAUUCAGAAAGGUGCCAGUGUUAAUGUGAAAGAUAAGAAGGGAGUCACACCACUUGAUGUAGCAGCUGAGCAUGCCAAACAUGAAACUGUUGAGUAUCUCAUAGAGAAAGGUGCCAGUGUUAAUGAGAGAGGAUGGUCACGCAUCACACCACUUCAAGCAGCAGUUCAGCAUGCCAAUCAUGAAACUGUUCAGUAUCUCAUAGAGAAAGGUGCCAGUGUUAAUCACAGAGGAUGGUUUGGCAUCACACCACUUCAUGUAGCAGUUCAGCAUGCCAAACAUCAAAGUGUUCAGUAUCUCAUUGAGAAAGGUGCAAAUGUUAAUGCAAUAGAUAAGAAUGGAGUCACUCCACUUCAUGUAGCAGCUGAGCAUGCCAAACAUGAAACUGUUCAGUAUCUCAUAGAGAAAGGUGCUAAUGUUAAUGCAGAAGGUAAGAAUGGAGUCACUCCACUUCGUGUAGCAGCUGAGCAUGCCAAACAAGAAACUGUUCAGUAUCUCAUAGAGAAAGGUGCGAAUGUUAAUGCAAUAGAUAAGAAUGGAGUCACUCCACUUCAUGUAGCAGCUGAGCAUGCCAAACAUGAAACUGUUCAGUAUCUCAUAGAGAAAGGUGCUAAUGUUAAUGCAGAAGGUAAGAAUGGAGUCACUCCACUUCGUGUAGCAGCUGAGCAUGCCAAACAAGAAACUGUUCAGUAUCUCAUAGAGAAAGGUGCGAAUGUUAAUGCAAUAGAUAAGAAUGGAGUCACACCACUUGAUGUAGCAGCUGAGCAUGCCAAACAAGAAAAUGUUCAGUAUCUCAUUGAGAAAGGUGCCAGUGUUAAUGACAGAGGAUGGUUUGGCAUCACACCACUUCAAGUAGCAGUUCAGCAUGCCAAACAUGAAAGUGUUGAGUAUCUCAUAGAGAAAGGUGCCAGUGUUAAUGACAGAGGAUGGUUUGGCAUCACACCACAUCAUAUUGCAGUUCAGCAUGCCAAACAUGAAAGUGUUCAGUGUCUCAUUCAGAAAGGUACCAGUGUUAAUGACAGAGGAUGGUUUGGCAUCACACCACUUCAUGUAGCAGUUCAGCAUGCCAAACAUGAAAGUGUUCAGUAUCUCAUAGAGAAAGGUACCGCUGAGCAUGCCAAACAAGAAAGUGUUCAGUAUCUCAUAGAGAAAGGUGCCAAUGUUAAUGCAAUAGAUAAGAAUGGAGUCACACCACUUCAUGUAGCAGCUGAGCAUGCCAAACAAGAAACUGUUCAGUAUCUCAUAGAGAAAGGUGCCAGUGUUAAUGACAGAGGAUGGUUUGGCAUCACACCACUUCAAGUAGCAGUUCAGCAUGCCAAACAUGAAAGUGUUCAGUAUCUCAGAGAGAAAGGUGCUAAUGUUAAUGCAGAAGAUAAGAAUGGAGUCACACCACCUCAUGUAGCAGUUCAGCAUGCCAAACAAGAAAGUGUUCAGUAUCUCAUAGAGAAAGGUGCCAAUGUUAAUGCAAUAGAUAAGAAUGGAGUCACUCCACUUCAUGUAGCAGCUGAGCAUGCCAAACAUGAAAGUGUUCAGUAUCUCAUAGAGAAAGGUGCCAGUGUUAAUGCAGAAGAAAAGAAUGGAGUCACGCCACUUAAUGUAGCAACUGGGCAUGGCAAACAUGAAAGUGUUCAGUAUCUCAUAGAGAAAGGUGCCAGUGUUAAUGACAGAGGAUGGUUUGGCAUCACACCACAUCAUAUUGCAGUUCAGCAUGCCAAACAUGAAAGUGUUCAGUAUCUCAUAGAGAAAGGUGCCAGUGUUAAUGACAGAGGAUGGUGUGGCAUCACACCACUUCAUGUAGCAGUUCGGGAUGCCAAACAUGAAAGUGUUCGGUAUCUCAUUGAGAAAGAUGCGAAUGUUAAUGCAAUAGAUAAGAAUGGAGUCACGCCACUUAAUGUAGCAGCUGAGCAUACCAAACAUGAAACUGUUCAGUAUCUCAUAGAGAAAGCUGCCAGUGUUAAUGCAGAAGAUAAGAAUGGAGACACGCCACUUAAUGUAGCAGCUGAGCAUGCCAAACAUGAAAGAGUUCAGUAUCUCAUUGAGAAAGGUGCCAGUGUUAAUGUGAAAGAUAAGAAGGGAGUCACACCACUUCAUGUAGCAGCUGAACAUGCCAAACAUGAAACUGUUGAGUAUCUCAUAGAGAAAGGUGCGAAUAUUAAUGCAAAAGAUCAGAAUGGAGUCACACCACUUGAUGUAGCAGCUGAGCAUGCCAAACAUGAAAGUGUUCAGUAUCUCAUAGAGAAAGGUGCCAGUGUUAAUGAGAGAGGAUGGUUUGGCAUCACACCACUUCAAGUAGCAGUUCAGCAUGCCAAACAUGAAAGUGUUCAGUAUCUCAUAGAGAAAGGUGCUAAUGUUAAUGCAAUAGAUAAGAAUGGAGUCACACCACUUCAUAUAGCAGCUGAGCAUGCCAAACAAGAA